AUGCCUCAUACAGAAUCUGAUGGCCCACUAGUGGGUGAGACUGGGCCUUGGUGCAGCUGUCUGCAUGGCCCAGGGAGUCAUGGGACGGGUGUUGACUGGCAGGACCAGGCCCCAGGGUGUCUGGCUGCUCAUCCCAGUGCAUCCUGGGACUGUUGCCAGUUCGCUGGUGAAUGUUUUUAUCUGAUUGGAGCAAAAAUUCUAUAUUGUGAAAUUUCUGGAGAUAAUGUGGCCUGGAGUGAUAAUCUCCCAAUUUGUGAAAUAAUUGUGUGUGCAGCACCUGGAAAUAUAACAAAUGGAAGAUUCACCGUUUAUAAGGAAGUAUAUCAAUACAGUGAAGUAGUAAUGUAUAGGUGUAAUCCUUCAAAUGGACCAGAUGAAUAUUCUCUUAUUGGAGAAACCACCCUUAUUUGUGUUGAUCAUAACAGAUGGAGCAGUGCCCCGCCAGAGUGUAAAGUGGUCAAAUGUGACUAUCCAAUCGUCGAAUAUGCGGCAAUAGCAUCAGGAGUUAGAAGAAAAUAUUACUACAAUGCCCAAGUUGUAUUUCAGUGUCAUGAUGGUUUUUACCUUCACGGGAACAGCACAGUUGUCUGCGGUGCAAACGGUACCUGGGAGCCCGAGCUACCAAAGUGUACUAAAGAAGCAAUUGCUACCACUAUGGUGUCUACAACUUCCAGUGCCUCAGGUUUCACAAAGUCCUGCUUAUAUUUGUCAAUAUCCUUUAAAUUCCUUGUGAUUUUUUAA